AAUUAAAAAAAAAAAUUGGUUUUUUUUUUUUAUUUCUCUAAGUUUAAAAUUAUUUUAAAAGGAAAUCUGUAAAAUGGCUGAUGGAAAAAUCGAAAACGUUGUCAGCGGCGAGGAGCCAUUUUUAGGUACUUUGGAUAUUGCGCUCUUAGUGAUACUGGUAGCAGGUGGCACUUGGUAUUUUACACGAAAUCGUACCAAACCUGAAGAACAAGGUCGUACUUAUUCCAUACAGCCCACCACUGUGAGCACUGCAGCAGUAACAGAUAAUUCGUUUAUUAAGAAAUUGAAAGCAUCGGGUCGUAGCCUAGUAGUGUUUUAUGGCUCACAAACCGGUACAGCUGAAGAAUUCGCUGGCCGUUUGGCUAAAGAAGGUAUUCGCUAUCGCCUAAAAGGAAUGGUAGCUGACCCCGAAGAGUGUGAUAUGGAGGAAUUAUUGCAGCUAAAGGAUAUAUCUAAUUCAUUGGCAGUCUUUUGUUUAGCCACAUAUGGUGAAGGUGAUCCUACUGACAAUGCUAUGGAAUUUUACGAAUGGAUUACAAAUGGAGAUGCCGACUUGACCGGUUUAAAUUAUGCAGUGUUCGGUUUGGGGAAUAAAACUUAUGAGCACUACAAUAAAGUUGCCAUAUAUGUGGAUAAACGCCUAGAAGAAUUAGGAGCGACACGUGUUUUUGAACUCGGCCUCGGUGAUGACGAUGCCAAUAUUGAAGAUGAUUUUAUUACUUGGAAGGAUCGCUUUUGGCCAGCUGUAUGUGAUAACUUCGGUAUUGAAGGUAGCGGCGAAGAGGUUCUCAUACGUCAAUUUCGCUUAUUAGAACAUAAUGAUGUUCAACUUGAUCGCAUUUACACCGGUGAAGUAGCUCGUCUACAUUCUUUGCAAAAUCAACGACCUCCAUUUGAUGCCAAAAAUCCGUUUUUAGCUCCUAUAUUAAUUAAUCGAGAACUACAUAAAGGGGGUAAUCGAUCUUGUAUGCAUAUUGAACUCAAUAUAGAGGGCUCGAAAAUGCGUUAUGACGCUGGUGAUCACGUGGCCAUGUAUCCUAUUAAUGACAAGGACUUGGUAGAAAAAUUGGGUCUAUUAUGCAAUGCAGAUUUGGAUUUGGUAUUUUCCUUGAUUAACACCGAUACGGAUAGUAGCAAAAAACAUCCGUUUCCCUGUCCUACUACCUACCGCACCGCUCUCACUCAUUAUUUGGAGAUUGCUGCUAUUCCUAGAACUCAUAUACUCAAAGAAUUAGCGGAAUACUGUAGCGAUGAAAACGAUAAGCAGUUUUUACGCUCAAUGGCUUCCAUAACACCUGAAGGCAAAGAAAAAUAUCAAAGUUGGGUACAAGACGCCUGUCGUAACAUUGUGCACAUUUUGGAAGACAUUAACUCCUGUAAACCGAGUAUAGAUCAUGUGUGCGAGUUGCUGCCACGUUUGCAACCGCGUUAUUAUUCAAUAUCCUCCUCCUCAAAAUUGUAUCCAACCAAAGUACACAUAACGGCUGUUUUGGUGCAAUAUAAAACUCCAACGGGGCGUCUUAACAAGGGUGUAGCUACAACUUAUUUAAAGGCGAAGAAUCCUGAAGAAGGUGAAGUGAAGGUACCCGUUUUUAUACGUAAAUCUCAGUUUCGCUUGCCUACUAAACCGGAAAUACCAAUUGUUAUGGUUGGCCCAGGAACUGGUGUAGCACCUUUCCGUGGCUUUAUACAAGAACGUCAACAUUUGCGUGAUGAAGGAAAGCAGGUUGGGGAGUCUAUAUUAUACUUUGGUUGUCGAAAGAAAAGCGAAGAUUUCAUUUAUGAAGAAGAAUUAGAAGAAUACGUUGAGAAAGGCACCUUAACUCUCAAAACAGCUUUUUCACGGGACCAAGAAAAAAAAAUCUAUGUAACGCAUUUACUUGAACAGGAUGCCGACUUGUUAUGGCGAGUGCUUGGUGAAAAUAACGGUCACUUUUACAUAUGUGGUGAUGCCAAAAAUAUGGCAGUAGAUGUGAGAAAUAUUCUAGUUAAAAUUCUAAAAACCAAAGGCAAUAUGAGUGAACCUGACGCUGUGCAAUACCUUAAGAAGAUGGAAGCACAAAAACGCUAUUCUGCCGAUGUGUGGAGCUAGAAACUUUUUAUUAAUUCACUAUAUUAAUUCUUCUAGGCCGUUUUUUGGUCGUCGUGGACA